GAGCACAAUUCCUUCCCAACAGCCCACCUAACCCUGCCCUCUGGCACGGGAAGCCAUUUCCCCUUGUCCUGUCUGUGCCUCGGACAAUAAAUACCCAUUCCUUUGACCCACUUUCCCCUGCCAACUCUUGUGUGGCUGCCCUGAGUCCUGUAGGAAAGGUUUCACUCCUGGUCCCUAACACUUUCCUAGGCUUACAAGCCACCCCUGUCACUUGAGGGGCCCUCAGACCUUCUCCUUGACCCCGUUCUCCAUACGCCGAGGUUUUUUGGCUUUUGUUACGUUCCAAAAUCUUGCCGCGAGCCAGAAUCCCUGCUAAGACCACUUCCUGAGCAGCCUGAAGGUUGCUUUGGCGGGAUCCCUCGGGUGGGCACGACUGCGGCACGGGUAGCAGCACAACCGCCAUAACCCGGGACAGGGCCCUGAGGCGCCGCCAUGACACCCCCUCCUCCCGCCGGGCGCGCGCGCUGCCCCCACCAAUCAGCGCCGUGGGCGGGAACAGCACACACCAAUCAACGCUGCGAGCUGGAGGGGCACGUACCAAUCAGCACUGUGGGCGGGAGCAGCGCGCACCAAUCAGCACUGUGGGCGGGAGCAGCGCGCACCAAUCAGUGCCGCGGGUGGGAACGUCGGCAACCAAUCAACGCCGUGCGUGCGCCCGUUCCCGGCAGCCACCGCGGCGCCGCUCCUGCCGGUGCCCGCUCCCCUCGCGGCGCUCCCGGCUAUACCUCGGGCGGUACCGGAGCGCUGUUUUUACUUUCUGGGAGCCCCCGGGGCUUCUCGGUGCUGUUGUGUGGCCUUUUGGAGCCCUUUCCGGUAUCGCUAGCGUAUUAAAAGUCGGUUUAAUUAACUCUUAAGGGCCUGCAAAUUGCUUGUUUUCUAGUGGCUGCUUCCCCACAGCUGUGUUUGGCUGGGUUGGAGCAUGGAGCCCCUCUCCCUGUCAGAACCAGGCAUUCCUGCAGGAAACAGCUCAUCUGUGGCCCAGGAAAAAUUCCAUGUGCUGGUGGGAGUGACUGGAAGCGUGGCUGCCCUCAAGCUGCCCCUGCUCGUCGCAGAGUUGCUGAAAAUCCCUGGGCUCGAGGUAAAGGUGGUCACUACUGAGAAAGCAAAACAUUUCUACAAUGCCCAGGAGAUUCCUGUGACCCUCUAUGGUGAUGAAGAGGAGUGGCAGCUGUGGAAGGGCCGCUCUGACCCCGUCCUGCACAUUGAGCUGCGGCGCUGGGCUGACCUCAUGGUGGUGGCACCUCUGGAUGCCAACACGCUGGCCAAGGUGGCCAAUGGCAUCUGUGACAACCUGCUGACCUGCGUGAUCCGCGCGUGGGACCUGAGCAAACCCCUGCUCUUCUGCCCAGCCAUGAACACAGCCAUGUGGGAGCAUCCCAUCACAGCAAGGCACGUGGAGCAGCUGAAGGGAUUUGGCUACACAGAGAUCCCCUGUGUGGUGAAGAAACUCGUGUGUGGAGAUGAAGGCGUGCCCAGACAAUGGGUGCGAGGUGCCCUGGAGCUCUUUGGCCCAGCGGGUGUCCCGAUGGCAGAUGAUCACCUCCACCUCGUGCUGGGUGGAAGAAUCUCUUCCCAUCCCCCUCCCUGGAGCCAGCGGAUCCUUAUCUCAGCCUGGCAUCCAUCCCUGGAGGGCAGAGGAGAAGCUGCGCUCCUGGCUCAGCCCCGAUAAGGAGCAGCCAUCCAGACGGAUCAGUGGGAUGACCUUGGGAGGAGCAGCCUCCGGGCGAUGGGGAAACCGAACGUAAAGAGGGGAUCAUGGCCAAGAUGGGCUGGCAUGCCCUUGAAAUAAAGAAGGUGUUUCCAAAACAGGCGGGUUGGCCCCAAACACCUCCCAGCUCCUGAGGCUCUCCUGGAACUGAUGUCAGCAGUGGCCACUUGUGUUUGGGAGGAGCUCAUGGAAUGUGCAAGAAUGUGAGGAUUUGGGGCUUUUUUUUCCAUGGGUUUUUGGGUUGCAAAUGUGUUAACGUCUGGGGUUUUUGGUGGUUUUAUUGGUUUUUUUUUUUUUUUUUUUAAUGCAAAAUCAAUCCCUUUCUCAAUCUUUGCUGGAUGCAGACAAAUACACAUUGCUAAGAGAUAAAUCAGAGCCUCUCCUCCUCCUUUUCUUCUCUCCUUCCUCCCUUUAAAGUCUGCAUCAACACUGAUAAUUAAAACCAUGUUUGGGAGAAGU